AUGUCGGCCAAGGAUCAAGUCAGUUCGGCUAUCGACGCCUCCAUUGGCACCACUGCCCUCAAGUCGACUCCAGCUUCCGUCUCGCUCUCCGAGACCGACACAGCCGUCACUUGGUCGUCCCAGUCCGCCAAGGACUCCGAUGCUGAAGGCGGCAAUGCUAGCGACAUCCAAACACGCAUCGAGCAAAAGCGUCUAGAGCACGAGAAACAGCGUGCUAUGCAUCAAAAGGCAUUCGAGCAACAGAUGGCCCUCCUCGAAAAGCAGCAGCGCCAAGAAGAGCAGACCUUGCUCCAAAAGCGUCAGUCUGGAAACGAUGCUGGUGCUGGUGUUGCCGCCGCUGCUGCUUCAGCUGCUUCCGCCCCGACAACGCCUCCAAACGAGGCUCUCAGUGCUGCUCAUCCCAAGGCUCUCGCCACCGCAUUGCAAGCCACUGACGCCAGCGACCCUGCUGCUCGUGCCAAGAUGCCUUCUUCUCGUCGACAAUCGGGGGAGAAAGAGCGAUCGGCUGACGACUUGACUUCGGCUGUCGGUGCCAUGUCGAUGGCUGACAAGGCAAGUGCCGAUGCCACUGCGGCCAAGACGAGUGAUGCUGCCAAGGACAACAAGGGCGAGAACUUGACUCCUGUCUUUAACGAGCGCUUCCUAUUCGACGACGAGCUCGACAACGAGGACUCAGACUUUGUGAACAAGUACAACCUCAAGGGCGAUCAGGGACAAUUCCCUCUUCUGGUUCAGCGCGACACCGCCUCUGCCCGGGAUGCUGACUGGCCCAAGUUCGGAGGUGCUGCUGUUGAUGCUGCUGUCCCCACUCCCAGCGCUGCUGCUGACACUACAUCAUCCUCGUUGCGUCGUCCGCUUAGCAGCAAGUCUCCACCUCCUCAAGGCACUCCGAACGUAGCUGCCUCUUUCGGAAGCAGUGCAGGCCGUCAAGCGAGCACCUUGCCUCUGCCUUCACCCUCGCCACGCCUCUCGCAGACAGGUCGAUCGUCGCCCGCCAUCAAGGCAGCCACCUUGGCCGGUGUGGCGUCCCGACAGGCUAGUGGUCCUGGCUCGCCCUCUCCUGGACUUGGUGGACUCGGCGGUGAGGUGGGUCGAUCGGGUGCAGGUUCGCGUUUCGUCAACACUGCCCUCUCGAUCCCAGCCGCCACCGCCGCCGCUGCUGCUGCUGCUGCUGCCGCCAACCUGAACAAGAUAGGCCCCGCUGGUGGUGGUGGUACCACUGCUGGUGGGGCCGCUGCUUUUCCCAGCUUCAACCUUGGCGCCUUCUCGGGUGCGGGUGCCUCGACGGGCAGCGAGAGUCCAAGCCGCUUCGGACCUUACUCGCCCAGCAGCUUUAACGCGGACGCUGCUCGACGCGGCAGCCGACCUUCAUCUGGCUUCUUUGACGCUUUCAAUCCAACUGCUGGUGCCAACGCUCCUGGCUCGCUCUUCCCCACGGACAAGUAUUCGAUGGGUAUGGUGGGUGCCGACGACCACGCCAAGCUUGGCGGUCCAGGCACGCACACUGGUGGUGGUUCAGCUGCUGCCAACGCGGCUCUAGCCAAGAACGCACGCAAGGCUGAGUUGGAGGCUACCACUCAGCUCGAAGAUCUGCAAGGUGACAUCUUUGCACUCUGCAAGGACCAGCACGGAUGCCGAUUCCUGCAGAAGAAGCUCGAGGAGAGCAUGCCUGCCCACCGCGACAUGAUCUUCUCCGAGACGUUUACGCAUUUCGCCGAGUUGAUGACGGAUCCAUUCGGCAACUAUCUCUGCCAGAAGAUGCUCGAAUACUGCACAGACGAGCAACGCAACUUGAUCGUCGAGCUCGUCGCUCCCGAGCUGGUGACCAUCUCGCUCAACAUGCACGGAACGCGUGCUGUGCAAAAGAUGAUCGACUUUCUCUCGACUCGGCGUCAGAUCCACUCGAUCAUUGUGGCUCUCUCGAUGAACGUGGUGACGCUGAUCAAGGAUCUGAACGGCAACCACGUGGUGCAAAAGUGUCUCAACAGGCUCGGUGCGGAGGACAACCAGUUCAUCUACAAUGCUGUCGCCGCACACUGUGUCGAGGUGGCUACACACCGACAUGGAUGCUGUGUGCUGCAGCGUUGCAUCGACCAUGCUUCGGAAAGUCAGCGUGUUCAGCUGGUUGCCGAGAUCACUUACAAUGCUCUUACGCUUGUGCAGGAUCCUUUUGGCAACUACGUGGUGCAGUACGUGCUGGACUUGAGCAUCCCUCGCUUUACUGAUGCCGUCGUUCGUCAGUUUGUCGGCAACGUCUGCCUGCUGUCGGUGCAGAAGUUCAGCAGUAACGUGAUCGAGAAGUGCAUUCGUGUCUCGGAGCCCGGUGUGCGAAAGCAGCUGAUCGAGGAGCUGCUGAACCGUACUCGACUGGAGAAGCUACUUCGCGACUCGUUUGCCAACUACGUUGUGCAGACCAGUCUGGACUAUGCCGAUGCUGUUCAACGUAUGCGUUUGGUGGAAUGCAUCCGACCUAUCUUGCCGGUGAUCCGCAAUACUCCUUACGGUAAGCGGAUCCAGAGCAAGUUGCAGCGCGACAACCUCGACCUGGGACCUCCCAACGGUGUUCCUUACUCGGUCCUGCACGCUGCCCAUCAACAGCAGCUGCACGCGAUGGCUGCUAUGGCAGGUCACCGUGGCGGUGCUGGUAACCCGGCUUAUAUGGGCAUGAACGCUUAUGGACCACAGGGACACGCGAUGCCUCCUCCUCCUCCUCCUCCCCCUCCUCCGCACAUGAACCCUUACCAACAAUAUCCUCAGCCACAGCCUGCUCACAUGUAUGGCGGUGGUGGUGUUGCGGCUGGUGGUGGUGGUGCUGCUGCUGCGGGAAGCGGACAGAUGCGUGCUCCACCUCACAACUUGCCACCUCACAACUUGGCUCCUCACAACUUGGCUCCUCCUAACUUUGCUGCUCCUGCCUACGCUGGUGGAUUCGGUGGCGGCGGAAACUUGCCUCCUCCGAUGGGUAUGCAGCCGGGUGGUGGACGUAGUGCUUCGAGCGGUUCGUUGGCCAAUGCUGGUGCUGGCGGAUUUGGCAGCUACUAA